AUGGAUCUUCGCGUCGACAUCGUCGAGACGAGGCUCUGCCUGGACCAUCGUAGGCGGCCACCAGGUAAGUUUCCCCUCAGGUAAGUGCGCUUGCUUUGUUUCUUCCUUUUGUUUAUUGAAGUUCCGCGUCGUACGCUGCGCUUGCUGCCUGCCCUUUAUAUGCUAGUCUGUCUGUUAAUAGCUAAACGACACCCUCGAUGCCUGCUGCGAUUGUCUGUCCGUCAGUCUAUGCCGCUCUCUACUAAUAGCUAGGUGUUACGGUGCCUGACUUUGUAUGGUGCCCUCACUUUGUCUCUGAGUGGUGACUGUGUCCGCUUGUCCACUCUAGUUCUAAGUCCCAUAGCGUUAGGUAGUGUGUACGCUCUCUCCUACUUCACUCCAUCACCUCAUCACCUCACCACCAAGGUCCCAGGCUAAUUCGGGUCGUUCUCUCACUAACAAAAAGUCGUGGCCCAUAGUGGAGUCCGGCAGCCGUCUGGGAUAACCGGGCAGCCCUGUUCAGGGAUGCGUUGCCUGCCCCCGCGAGGGGGAGGGGGCUAGAAAAGGUGCCCUAAAGAUCGCUGGGAACCACGCUGUCUGUAGGCUGGCCGUGGCCGCAGACAAAAAACACACGGUCGAAACAGCCAAAACCGAAACGACAACAAUAAAAACAACAAUCACUCUCUUCCUCUUCCAGCCUAUUCUUCUUCUUCUCCUACUCCUACUUUUCGCCGCCGCAGUCGCCAGACUGGCAGGGUGAGCCCGCUCACUCUGGCAGCCUGGAAUGUUCGUUCCCUUUUAGACAAUCCGAGGAGCAACCGACCGGAACGGAGGACGGCGCUAGUGGCACGAGAACUGGCGCGCUACAAGGUGGACAUCGCCGCACUCAGCGAGACCCGAUUCUCCGAACAAGGCCAACUGGAGGAGGUGGGUGCCGGUUACACCUUCUUCUGGAGUGGUCGACCCAGGGCAGAGCGACGUGACGCGGGUGUCGCCUUCGCCAUUCGGAAUGACAUCGUGGGACGACUGCCCUGUUUGCCGCAGGGCAUCAACGAUCGCCUGAUGAGCCUCCGCCUGCCUCUCCGGGGAGGCAAAUUCGCCACCAUUAUCAGCGCCUACGCUCCGACGAUGACCAACCCCGACGCCGUCAGAGACAAAUUCUACGAGGACCUGCACGCCCUCUUGGCGACUGUGUCGAAGGCGGACAAGUUGAUUGUCCUCGGUGACUUCAACGCCCGCGUCGGCACAGACCAUACUGCCUGGAGGGAAGUGCUGGGUCCCCACGGUCUCCGCGGCUCCAACGACAACGGCCUGCUGCUGCUCCGCACUUGCGCAGAACACCGCCUCAUCCUGACGAACACGUUCUUCUGUCUGCCGGAGCGAGAGGAGGCCACCUGGAGGCAUCCUCGGUCGCGCCAGUGGCACCUGCUGGACUAUGUCCUCGUCCGGAGGCGAGAUCAGCGGGACGUGCUGGUGACGAAGGCGAUCGCGGGUGCUGACGGGUGGACCGACCAUCGCCUCGUCAUCUCGAAGAUGCGUAUUCGUCUACAGCCUCGCAGGAGACCACAAGGUAAGCGACCCCCAGGUAAGCUGAAUGUUGCUUUGUUGUCUUUGCCUGCUCACCGUCUCCAUUUCAGCAAUGAGCUAGCUCAACGGCUAGACAAUCUUCCAAUCGCUGCCGCCGAUGACGCCGCCGCCGCUGCCGAGAACGCCUCCGUGGAGAACCGCUGGUGUCAACUGCGAGACACGGUCCAGUCGACGGCGCUCGCCGUCCUCGGUCGCGCUCCCCGCCAACACCAGGACUGGUUCGACGACAACGACGCUGCCAUCAGAAAUCUGCUUGCCGAGAAGAACCGCCUACACAAAGACAACGUAGAUCACCCCACUGAGGACAACAAAGCUGCCUUCUACCGCAGUCGCCGACAGCUCCAGCAACGACUGCGCGAGAUGCAGGACGCCUGGACUGCUCGCAAAGCUGAGGAGAUCCAAGGCUACGCGGACCGCAACGAAUGGAAGAACUUCUUCUCCGCGAUCAAAGCUGUCUACGGUCCGCCGACAAAGGGCACUGCUCCUCUCCUCAGCGCCGACGGCAGCACUCUCCUGACUGAGAAGACGCAAAUCCUGCAGCGAUGGGCCGAGCACUUCCGAGGCGUCCUCAACCGCCCUUCCGUCAUCUCCGACGCCGCCAUCGCCCGCUUGCCGCAAGUGGCGACCAACGUGGACCUCGACCUCCCGCCAUCUCUCCAGGAGACCAUCAGGGCCGUGCAGCAACUCUCCAACGGGAAAGCACCCGGAUCGGACGCAAGCCCUGCUGAGGUCUACAAGCACGGAGGUCCCCAACUCAUGGAUCACCUGACUGCGCUCUUCCAGGAGAUGUGGCGUCAAGGUGAAGUCCCGCAAGACUUCAAGGACGCAACUAUCGUGCACAUAUACAAGCGAAAAGGGAAUCGCCAAGUCUGCGACAAUCACCGCGGCAUCUCCCUACUGAACAUCGCCGGGAAGAUCUUCGCUCGCAUCCUGCUCAACCGCCUCAACAACCAUCUGGAACAGGGCCUUCUGCCGGAAAGCCAAUGCGGCUUCCGUCGUCAUCGUGGGACCAUGGACAUGAUCUUCGCAGCCCGCCAACUUCAGGAGAAGUGUCAGGAGAUGCGGACCCACCUGUAUUCUACCUUCGUGGACCUUACGAAAGCCUUCGACACGGUGAAUCGUGAAGGACUGUGGAAGAUCAUGCAGAAAUUCGGCUGUCCGGAGCGAUUCACUCAGAUGGUGCGUCAGCUGCACGACGGUAUGAUGGCGCGAGUCACGGACAACGGAGCUGUCUCAGAGGCAUUCGCAGUGACCAAUGGAGUGAAGUAG